AGUUUGUUGGCGAACUAGUCGGAAGGCGCUAAGGGAGGACAGCUGAAGGCUAUUGGGGGAGCGGGGGGCUUCUUUUUUGCCUGUCUUCCCUGCAACUUCCAAAGUUAAGGCCUCCUCCCGGCCCCGUAUGAGGGCGGCGGUGGGGAUUGAACCUGCCCUCUCGGCGCGCGGGGGACUUGGCAGCGCCUGCCCGAUGGCGAGGAGCCGGUGCUAAGGCGGGGGUCUUCACGGGAGCGGACAUCCAGGGGAGCGGAUCCGGGGUGGCGGGCGGCCGCGGAAGGCCGGCGGCGAUGAGUUUGGUAGGUGGCUUCCCCCACCAUUCGGUGGUCCACCAUGACGGCUACCCCUUCGCCGCUGCAGCCGCUGCCGCCGCCGCAGCCGCCGCCAGCCGCUGCAGCCAUGAGGAGAACCCCUACUUCCACGGCUGGUUGAUCAGCAGCCACCCUUCGGAGAUGUCCCCGCCCGACUACAGCAUGGCGCUCUCGUACAGCCCCGAGUACGCCAACGGAGCGCCAGGCCUGGAGCAUCCCCACCAUUACGUGGGCGGCGUGGCUCCCCCUGGUAGCGGCGGCGGGCCGCCGGGCUUGGGGGGCGGCCCGCGACCGGUCAAACGGCGCGGCACGGCCAACCGCAAGGAGCGGCGCAGGACUCAGAGCAUCAACAGCGCCUUCGCCGAGCUGCGCGAGUGCAUCCCCAACGUCCCGGCCGACACCAAGCUCUCCAAGAUCAAGACGCUGCGUUUGGCCACCAGCUACAUCGCCUACCUCAUGGACCUCCUGGCCAAGGACGACGCCAAUGGCGAGGCCGAGGCCUUCAAGGCGGAGAUCAAGAAGACCGACCUCAAGGAGGACAAGAGGAAGAAGGAGCUGGUCAGUAACGAGAUCUUGAAAAGCACAGUGAGCAGCAGCGACAAGAAAACCAAGGGAAGGACUGGCUGGCCCCAGCACGUUUGGGCUCUGGAGCUCAAGCAGUGAAGGCGAGAGAGCGUGAAGAGUGGAGAACCCGGUCCUUCCGGGACUUUGGACCUUCCAAGGGAGGUUGCUGAGCUGAGGACUUUUCCUUCUUGGUUUGGAAUCGUAUGGUUUAUUUAUGUGCAAUUUCCCUCCCCUAGUCUUUCUCCUUUCAAAAAAAAAAAAUGUGGAUCCUGGAAGAAAAGCAUUCCAUAGUUCAGUGAAAUAAAUGAAGAGGAAAACUCCGGUGUGGUAAGGAGAAACACAAUCUCCAAAGGGUGUUGUUUCCCCCCCUCCAUUGUGAUGAAUGUUAUGUUGCUUUGUUUGUAUAGAACCCAGAGGGCAAAAGGAAAUCAAAAUCAAAAAUGAAGGCAUUAGUGUGUAAUAUGAAGUGUAUACCUUUAAUUCCUGCUGUUUUGAAUGAUUGUGGAUGAUAACUGUAAGCCAGUUGUUUCCCCCCCAUCUUCCCCCCCCUCCCAGGAUUCGAGGUAGGACUUGGGGUUGUCAGAGUUCCCCCUCCCUUGUCCACAGUGAGGAAAAUAGUGUCUAAAUUCUUUGUUAAUCUGCACUUCAGUUCUAAAGGAAGCAAAGCAAAAAUUAAAACUAAAAUUAAGCAAACUACAAUCGGUACUGUUGAAUACUUCAUAUUGAAAGGCCCAAAUGU